AGGGAGCCUCCCCAGCGGCCUCCUCUCUCUCUCUCUCUCUCCAUCUCUCCGUCUCUCUCUCUUUGCGCCUACAAAUAUGGGAAGAUCUCACAAACUUUCUUGCAGCUUCUUCUUCCUCCUUAAAGCCGCUGGCUUUUUCAAUUGUAAGUUAGUCCCGCUUUGAAAUCGUGAAGAUCCGUAGUUGAACUCCAACGCCCCAUUCAACAAAACUUCCUUCUCCACCUCUUCUUCAUUCCUAACAGAAAGCCACCAAGAAUCCCUGUUUUCGGGUCGAACUUUGAGCUAGAGGCUUCAGUCCCAAGGUUGAAUCUUGAGUGUCUCAAUGGGUGAAGCUCCAGCUUUUGUUGUAGAGAAUGUGAUUGGAGAAUUUCCCAGUGGGGUUGAUUUGAAGCCUAAGGGCAACCAAACAGCCAUUGAUGUUGGGAGCAAAACAUAUGUGAUUGGUGGUGGGGCUGAUCAUGAACUGAAAUCCACAAUUGGAGUUCAAAUUUAUGAUAAAGCUACUGGGAAAUGGAUAAACCCUACCGUUUUGGGGACAAAGCUCAAGGCACCUGAGGGCUUCUCAGCCGUGCUUUUAAUAGAAGACCGGAUAUUAGUUGUCAAGAGGAACUCCCCCGUGGAUGACUGCUUUUGGUUUCUUGAGGUGAAUACCCCUUUCGUAAGACAACAAGCUAAGAGUUGUGGAACUGAGGUGGUUGCCUGGAGCAAGGGAGUUAUAGGUGAUGCUGAGAAGCCCAUUGUCAUCAGCGGUCCUUCGGGAGUGGGAAAGGGAACAUUAAUAUCGAAAUUAAUGGAUGAAUUCCCAUCCAUGUUUGGCUUUUCUGUAAGCCACACCACCAGGGCUCCACGAGAGAAGGAACAAAACGGUGUUCAUUACCAUUUUACAGAGCGAAGUAAAAUGGAGAGAGAGAUAACGGACGGGAAGUUCCUAGAGUUUGCCAAUGUUCAUGGGAAUCUAUAUGGAACUAGUGUAGAAGCUGUCGAAGUGGUUGCAGAUUCUGGCAAGCGAUGCAUUCUUGAUAUUGAUGUUCAAGGAGCAAGAUCUGUAAGGGCUAGUUCUCUCGAAGCCAUUUUCAUAUUUAUCGCUCCCCCGUCAUUUGAAAAGCUGGAGAAGCGCCUUCGGGCAAGGGGAACCGAGACCGAAGAACAGGUCCAAAAGCGUCUCCGAAAUGCUAAGGAAGAGCUUAAACAAGGGAAGUCGCCUGGCCUCUUUGAUCAUAUCUUGGUCAAUGAUGACCUCGAGACAUGCUACAAGUCUCUUAAGACAAUAUUGGGUCUUAGCGAAGGUGUCAAAACCGUUGAUAAAACAUGUCCACAAUUAGCUGACUUGCCCACGGAUUGCUCUGUGUCGAUUAUCGAUAAGAAGAUACUGAUUAACUCUAAUUCUGCAGAACACGGAAAGACAUCAAACAAAACAUUUCUUCUCGACUUAUCUUCCCUCAGGGGAGGGGCACCGGGACGAACGAGAGGACUAAACCUGCGUGCCAUUGAUUCUUCCACAGGCAUGGAACAACUUAGCUAACAUUUUCCUGAUUAAACCGAAAACUAGCAAGCUCUCAGUUUUACUCGAAGUUUGUUUGUUUUGUUUUGUUUCGUUUUCGUUUUUUUUUUUUUUUUUUUUUUUUUUUUUCAAGUAACCAUAAACGAUUUGAGCAUUCAACAGAAAGAAAAAGAAAGGGUUUGAGAUUCAUGCGGCAGAGAUUAGGCCAGUUCUUGGUAGUAUCACCACAGGAUUCUGGUUUGUAACAGAGGAAUUCAGGAACUGUGAAAAGAAAAGAAAAAAAAUGUGAACUUUGCAGUUUCUUUCAUGAUUCUGUCAGUGUUUAGCUUCAAUUUCA